CUUUUCACCCCUCUUAUGCAUCGCGCCAUUUUUGCACCACCUCUCCAACGAGACGUCCUUCGUAUCCUGACACCUCCAGAUCCAUCCCCUAUUCCCUAUUCCCUAUUCAUCCCAGAUAGGCAACGCAUCGACUUCUCGAGAUUUUAGGAUCCCAGCCCAGGUUGGCAACACGAGCCGAGCCUAUCAUGGGCUCUCACGGAUACAGGCCGUUUCUGGCUCUCAUUGAUGCCGUUGACAACGUUCCCCAAAACUUCGAUUUCAACCAACUAUACAGGCUCCUCCUCCCCGCAGACCCCCGGCCCCACGGCUUCAUAAUCCCAGCCACCGUAUCCCGCCUUCCAUGGACCGAUAACUUCACCGUCGACCACGCAUCCCGCACCGUCCAACUCCGCCCGUCUCCGGAUACCGCGAGCGACCCAAGUGCAUGGGCGAACGCCGCGUUGCAAGCAGUUGUAGACGCCAUCGUUGCCAAGUCGGCCCAUGACCCAUCCACCUUUCCCUCUGUCCGCGGCUACCACAGCGAACCCUUCCGGGUCAUCGGCGCGAACUAUCCCCUCAGCAUCGAGCGUUUCCCCGCCCCGCUCUUCGGCAUCGGCUCCCGCGGCGCCCACAUGACCGCCUUCGUCCGGGAUCCCGCGAUUCCCGCCUCCAACGACCCCCGGAAUCUCAAGAUCUGGGUCGCCCGCCGCAGUCCCCACAUCUUCACCUACCCGGGCCUGCUCGACACCACGGUCGCCGGCGGCGUCAAGGCCUCCGACGAACCUUCCGACUGCAUCCUCGCCGAGGCCCACGAGGAGGCGUCCCUCCCUCCCGACCAUGUCAGGGAGCACGCUCGCGCCGUCGGCGCGGUCACCUACGUGCAGAUGAACGAUGCCAAGGGCGCGUUUUACCCCACCGUCCUGUACGUCUACGACAUUGAGCUUCCCGGGAACAUAGUCCCGACGCCCAUGGACGACGAGGUGUCCGAGUUCCUCCUUAUGACCGUCGACGAGGUUACAGAGGCCAUGCUGAGGAGGGAAUUCAAGCCCAACUGCGUGCUUGUCAUGCUGGACUUUUUCAUUCGGCAUGGGAUUCUGACCCAGGAGAAUUCGCCUGAGUAUCUAGACCUCGUGACGAGGUUACGGCGGCGUUUACCUGUUGCCACUGCUCCUGAGCCCUAGUGAACGGACAGCAUAGACACGGGCCUUUGUGCUACGUAUGGCAUGUUGAAGCUGGGCACUGAACGUACGUCUAGAUGAGAGACGAUGGAGACGAAUGACAGAAUAGAUCCCUCAAUUAAGGUAUACAGCUCCCUUGGCUGAAAACAGAAAUCCUCUUGGGAAAUCAGCUUCUUCGGACAAAUAGAUACAAAUGAAAUGAUGCGGAACUUUUGUCAAAAGGAAGGCUGGUUAAAGUUCAGGUCAUCGGACUAAGGUAAGGAACAUUUACAUUCAGGCACUGGUCUCUCAGAACGAGGAUCCCAAACAUGGCAAGGAAUUAGAUGCAGUUAAAGUAUACCAGAGCGAGCCAGGCUUACAGCUUGAGGCGAAUGAGCCCAAUCAGGUCAUGAGAAC